AUGCCUCAGCAUCCCGCCGAAGAGAACACCCAAUCCCACAUCUUUGACAAGGUUGCCAAAGAAUCUUCUGACUCCACGGCUUCGAACCAUCCUCUCCACGAUGAAAACAAAGGGCCAUUGAAGCAGGCAACCUCUGAAGACCAUAGAAGCAAGGGUCCGCAGCUCUCGGACAACCUUCCCCCAGCCGCUGACAAAGAGGAGUUGAGGGCAAAGGCUCGAGAGAUGAACAAAUAG